GUGCGCAUGCGCGCGCACACAAAAGCAGCACGAGUCAGCCGAAAUGCGCAUGCGCACAAGCGCGCGCAACGCCGAAGGGGCGGGGCGAAGGGCGGCGAGUUGACGUCAGAGGUGCGCGGCGCGGGGCCGCCGGGAGCGCAGGAGGAUGGUGGCCGGCGCGUUCCCCAUCGCAAAGCUGCUGACCCUGGGCAUGCGGCAGCUCCGCAAGCCGCUGGCCGCGCGGCUGGAGGUCAGGAGUGAGGGACACCAGCCCCCCUGACCCACCGUUUCCCCCCUCCGGGCAGUGUACCACUGGGUGGAGAUGCGGACCAAGAUGCGCAUCAUGGGCUUCCGGGGCGCAGCCGUGAAGCCACUGAAUGAAGAGGCGGCAGCAGAGCUGGGCGCGGAGCUGCUGGGCGAAGCCAUCGUGUUCAGCGUGGGUGGCCUGUGCAUCUACCUGGAAUAUGCCCGGCAGGCAGGCAACGCACGGCGCCGCGAGGACGAGCAGAGUGCCGCCAUGGAGUCCCUGCAGCAGCAGGUGGCUGAGCUGGGCCUGGCCCUGGAGACUCUUGAUGCCCGGUUGCGCCAGGCUGACCGUGCCCUGCUGGAACUGGCCAGCGUUCCCCGCAAGUAGGGCCCCCUAUGGCCACUGCCAAAGGCGCCCCUGGGGCAGGGCACUGCACUAUAAUGGGGGACCCUCCCCUUCCACCUUGGCUCCUGGGGAGCCUCCAAGUCUACUGGACUGAAAAAGCCACUCAUUAAAACCCAUCUGCUGCUGAA